AUCAUCACCGAGGAAGAGUCAGAAUUCACCUGCUGUGUGGCCUACAGGUUAGCGGCUCCCCAACAGGAGUCUCAGUAGCCAAUCAGCUCUCUUCAAGAGUUGACUGACAGUAGCGAGAGCCAAUGAGCGCUCAGCUCGGAGCAGAGCGGCUCUUUAAGAAUCACAGAGAGUCACAAACUGCUCAGACUGAACAGGAUCAGGUUGAGGUUCUCAAUCUGGACUUAUCCCCGUCCCUCAGCAAACAUGAAAGCCGGCAGUCCGGUGCUGUCAGCGGACAGGAGGAGUAGAGGCAGCCGGGAGCAGAGGUCGUCUCUACGGGGCUUCUCCUGGAAUAAGAGUCUAGGAUUAUCGGUGGAGGAGGGUGAGGAGGUCCCGGUGCUCCUGCUGCAGAACAUGAACCUGUGUUACCGGCUGCUGCGAAGGCUCGUACCCGGUCUACCGCCCGGACGCGCCGCUAGCAGGGUGGAGAUCCUGCAGCGGGUCAUCGACUACAUCCUAGAGCUGCAGACCGAGCUAGAUGCGACCUGCCCGGACACAGAGAGACCGGAGACCAGAGGAACACACACAUACUCACACACACUCACACACACACCUGCCAGGUAAGAUACAGAGAGAGCACAGUGUCUGUUAUCAGUUCAUGAUGAGAUUUAAUAUUCACUCUAUAUUGGUAAUAAAUAUAUGAAUUAUGAUAGAAAUUUGUGCCAACUCCAGAAGAGAGUUUGUUGCUGAGUAAAUAUGACUUCUAGCCUACUGAGGACUUUGUUUUGGUGUUUUGGUGCAAAAAUUAUCAACCCAACAAUGAAACAGAAGUAAAUAUGAAAAAUAAAAUAAUGUUUAACAUCAGUUCCACAGUCAAAAACUGUUAGCUAAAUGAAAUAAAAUUGUUGAAAAUAAUAUUUACCCAUGAAAACUGAACCUGAACAAAUUCAUAGCCUUAAAAAUUGCACACAGAGCUUUAAAUUUGUGCAACAUGAAGGCGAGUGCAAAUUUUUAUCAGCACAAGUGACAAACUAACAGAUAACUUUUAGGCCCAGAGUGUGUAAACUUUGAAAAUAGUAAAUAUACUAAGGGCUAACUGAUUUUGUUUUUUCAGGGCCGAUACUGAGACCGAUAGUUAGAAAGUGAUAAGACCGAUAUCAAUACUAUGAGCAGAUAUGCAUUUACAAUGAAAAUAAUGAUUUCUGUAUGAAUUAAGAAUUUGAAAUAUGAUAAACUGAACACAAACUUUGCUCAAAUAUUUCUUACAAAUGUUUGAUUAAAACUGAAGCUUUUAUUUUCAUAUAGCAAAGUUUUUUUUUUCCACAAAAACCUGAAAAACAUAAAAAAGUCCAAUUAUCAGCCCUGUCAAGAUUAUCAGUGUUUUAUCCAUUUAAUGCCUGAAACCACAAAUUAUGGCCAGAAAAUUCAAAUUUUUUUGGAGCUGAAAACCAAAACUAUCAAAAUGUCAUUAAAAUUUAACAAAUAUAUUUAUUUAUUCUGUUUGUAUUCCUGUUUUUUUUUUUUUAGUAAUUUGUUGAUCAUAUUGAUUUGAUAGAGGUAUCAUAAAGUACGUGUCAAAUAUGAUACGAAAGGCAUCAAAGGGUUAUCUUAAAGAACUCUUAAUUUUUUUUCUCUUGCAGACAUUUGAAUUGAAGACUGACUGAAGAUGGACUGACUUCACCUGCUUUAUAAAAGGUUCCACCUCGAGGACUCAGCAGAUCGACUUCUUCUCUCUGUGACAAAGUUGAACUUGCUUAAAAGAAGUAAAACCAGCAGGAAGGAGGAACACCAAACUCCUAUACCUUUUCAGUAAGGUCUAAAAAAUGUUGUUCUAUGUUUUUUUGUAGAGACUCAGCCUGUUUGGAGGAUCUGGUCUGAAUGAGGAUCUGGUUUGAAUUGAUGUUUUGAUUUUGUUCAAAUACUUGACCCAUGUUUAACCUGAAGGCUUAAAAUCCACAUUUUUUAUACUAAGUCUGGUUUGGACUCAUUUCACCAACAUGUUUGAAAAAUAAGAACUUAAAAAAAAUCUUGUUCACUGUUGUGAAUUACCUUUUACAUUGUGUGGCAGUAUCUGUGUCCAAAUGGACUUGAAGCACUUGCUGCUGUUGUUUUUUUUUUAAUCUUAUUUCUUGUCUAGAUUUUUGCAUGUGUUGUUGUUGUAUGUACGUCACUUUAAAUAAAAGUGUCUGCUAAAUGGCACUGUAAUAUUAUAACAUUCUAAAUCUUUCUUUAAGAGGAAAGUAUCUUCAAAAUAAAAGUUAAAAUGUUCUUCAAACUUA